GUUGACAUCCUUUCUCUUAUUCCACUACCUGAAUGUCUAUCGUAUUUAUCUGCCUAGCCUAGCUUGCUUCUGCAACAGGACAGGAGUCUCCCCCUUGCAUUCUGCAGUCAGUACCAAAGGAGACUUGUCUUGCAACGGCCCGUUAGAACGGCAUCUUGUGCUACCUUGUGUUAGUCUCACGUGCUUCUCGUUCGUUUUACUCUACGGUUUGAUAAGCUGAUCGCAAAAAUCUAGGUCCUUCUCCUAAAGAUUCAAAUUCACCGGAAACGGAGUCCUUUUCCCUCAGCCUCUGUUAGUUCCAGUCUGCACGCUUUCUUGGUUCCAUUGCUUGGGUAAAAAAAUGGCUCAUAAGGCGGAUGAUGAGUACGACUACCUCUUUAAAGUCGUGCUGAUCGGAGACUCCGGUGUAGGGAAGUCCAAUCUGCUCUCUCGGUUCACCCGCAACGAGUUUUGUCUAGAAUCCAAGUCCACUAUCGGCGUCGAGUUCGCAACAAGAAGCAUUCAGGUGGAUGGCAAGACGAUCAAGGCUCAGAUCUGGGACACCGCCGGUCAAGAGCGGUACCGUGCGAUCACCAGCGCGUACUACCGGGGAGCGGUCGGCGCGCUGAUCAUCUACGACAUCACGAAGCACGUGACGUACGAGAACGUGGAGCGGUGGCUCAAGGAGCUCCGAGACCACGCGGAUUCCAACAUUGUGAUCAUGCUGGUGGGGAAUAAAUCCGACUUGAGGCAUCUACGCGCGGUUUCGACGGACGACGCGCAAGGAUUUGCUGAGAAGGAGGGCCUCUCUUUCAUUGAGACGUCUGCGCUGGAUUCAACAAACGUUGAGAACGCAUUCCACCGGGUGUUGACAGAGAUCUACCGCAUUGUGAGCAAGAAGGCCCUGGCGCAAGAAGAGGGGGCGACUGCAGGGCCGGGAGAAGGCACCUCCAUUCUGGUGGGAGCAGAUGCAAAUGCCAACAAGGGCAGCUGCUGUUCGUCAUAGGCCGCUGGAGGUGCAGCCGGGGAUGCUGCUACUGUCCGUUUUUGUAUGAUUCAGGAGGAGGGUCCACAUCACACAUACCAUCUAGUAUUGCAAUAUACCAGUAGCUGUAUGUAUUGUCACAUUGGCAUGACUUGUUAGGCAAUAGUCACUGGAGAGGAGAGCACCACCGUCCCUCAGAUGGCUAGUAGAUGACCUACUCUGGGGAUGUUGAUAUGCAUAUACCGAGUCCUUGUAAACUUGAACACAAAGCAGAAUGAGCCC